AAUAUAUAAGAUGGGAAAUGUCAGGUUCUUUUGUUCUCCUUCUUUUCUUCGUUUAGCUUAGAAUAGCAGAAGAGGAAGGAGUGGUCGCUGGCUGUGCGUGUGAGAGAAGGAAAGAGAGAGUGAACGAUGUCGGACGAGGAGCAUCACUUCGAGUCUAAGGCCGACGCUGGCGCGUCCAAGACCUACCCUCAGCAGGCUGGUACCAUCCGCAAGAACGGUUACAUUGUCAUUAAGGCCAGGCCCUGCAAGGUUGUUGAGGUUUCCACCUCCAAAACUGGCAAGCAUGGUCAUGCCAAGUGUCACUUUGUGGGGAUUGAUAUCUUCAAUGGAAAGAAACUCGAAGAUAUUGUGCCUUCAUCCCACAACUGUGAUGUUCCCCAUGUUAAUCGCACAGACUAUCAGCUGAUUGAUAUCUCUGAAGAUGGUUUUGUGAGCCUUUUGACCGAAAAUGGUAAUACCAAGGAUGAUCUGAGGCUUCCAACUGAUGACAGUCUGCUCACCCAGAUCAAAGAUGGCUUUGGUGAAGGAAAGGAUCUUGUGGUUACGGUCAUGACAGCAAUGGGGGAAGAGCAGAUCUGCGCCCUCAAAGACAUUGGCCCCAAAAAUUAGUUACUUCAUAAAAGUAUAAAGCCAUAGGCUAGAGAAACUGUUUUUUCUAUAUCUUUCACCAGUGAGGAGUUUUGUGCGCUGUGUGGUGCAACUCAUAAACAACUAAGAUGAUCUGGGAUAUAUGUAGUUUAUAAAGACUUGUUUUCAGCUUGGUAUC